AGUGGGCUUGAGUUUGUGAGGUUUCAAGUUCAAGGGAGGCCAGGUCAAACAAGGCAGCUGUUCUACAAGGUGAAGGAGAGAUGACAAGACUGCUGAACCACACAUAUCUCCAGGUACUAGCAGAAAGUGUGACACCUUGUCGGCAUAAAAUAGUUUUUGAAUGAAUGAAUGGCUAGGAUAUUCGUCCUCUGCCUCAUCUGAUUCUCUUCCCUCUCGCUCCCCUUCACGGAGAGGCCGGGUGGGUAUUUUGUUCUGGAAUAGCUGAAUGGACGUUGCUGUCCCUUCUGCAGUAAGCUCCAUGGUGGACACAUGGGCCCAGCAUGCUGAACAGGGCAGAUGCAGCAGUGCAGGCACAGCACCCAGAUGAGCACAGGGUGAUUGGAGUGUGAGUUCUGGCUGCUCUGCUCACACCCUGCUGUGCUGGGCGUGACCCCCAGCCCGCCUCCUGCUUUCUCAGAGGCAAAGGUCUGAGAAUUGAGAUUCACUCUGGCUUCCCCUUGGCAGGGAAACCCACAUGAGGUGCUGAGGAGGGGCCUGAGAUACAGCGAGGGGGGUGCUUGAUGGAAAAUUACAAACAGAGAUUCUCACUUCAAUCUCAGCCCUGCGGGGAAGUUCUAAAAUAUAUAGGGGAAGCUCCUGCAAAGGGAAAUUUCCCCUUCUCCCCACAACUUCCCCUCCUCCGUACCAUCUACAGCUGAAGAAGCAUCUUCAUUGCCUUGAAAGAGACACCAGCUGUUCUGAAUGAAUCUGAAUGAAUGGGCCUCGGUCAGUCCUCCAACACCGUGAGGGUGUGCUCAGGAAUAGAGACAGGACCCUGUUCUGGAUAAGCUCCCCGGCGCACAGCAUGGGACAUACACAUUAUUCAGUGCGUUUCACCACUCAUAGCUGCCAGGCAACCAGACAAGGCACAGCUGUGCGCCUUAGGGCUGCCUGGACCACACACUCUACCACGCCAGCCCCAGCCUUCAGAGGACCCACAGCAAACACCUACAAUUCCCCUUAAGCACCUAUGUUAUCCCAAGCAGUUCACCCUAUUGCUUCAGCCCUCACAGCAACUCUACAAAGUGGGUAUUGUAAUAUACUGGUACCUUUUACAGAUUGAUAAACGGAGGCUCAUAAUAGGAUAAAUGAGAAGAGGAGGAGUUCAAACUCAGGUGUGACUGCAAACCUGUGUCCUUUGGGUUCCUUGAGGUGUGCUCUGGGCACUUUCUCUAGGAAAAUCCCAAGGAAAAGGGUAGUUGCUGUGCAGGUCCUGAGCCUGCCUCGAAACCACAGAGGGCAAGUACUUGGUGGAAAAGUCCAGCAUGUGAUUCACCCUCCUCCCGGACUCUGUCACUGAGGCCAACUCCCCUCUGAGGUUCUCGGUUUCCAGCCUGGGAGUUGGUGCUCCAUCCUCUGCUCUGGCGAGAGAGGGCUGGCCUUAUCUCCUCACCCCUAGGAAGGAGCUGGUACCAGGAGCGGGCAAGGAGGCGUGAAGCCCAGAGAGGAGGUGUGAUUUGCCUAGGGUCACACAGCAAGUUAGAGACUCAGCUCCACUACUUACUGCUUUGGCUGUGCCUCUCUCACCAUCUGGCCCCACUCCCAGCUCAGUGGCCUCUGGAUCCAUUACGGGGCUAUGGACAGGAAAGUGGCAGCCCAUGAGGAUGUGCCUCCUAUGGUCACCUGGGUCCCUGAGGAGGGAGAGAAGCUGGACCAGGAAGGCGAGGACCAGGUGAAGGAUCGGGGCCAAUGGACCAACAAGAUGGAGUUUGUGCUGUCAGUGGCCGGGGAGAUCAUUGGGCUGGGCAAUGUCUGGAGGUUUCCUUAUCUCUGCUACAAAAAUGGAGGUGGAGCCUUCUUCAUCCCCUACUUCAUCUUCUUCUUCACGUGUGGCAUCCCGGUGUUCUUCUUGGAGGUGGCCUUGGGCCAGUACACCAGCCAAGGGAGCGUCACAGCCUGGAGGAAGAUCUGCCCCCUUCUCCAAGGCAUUGGUUUGGCAUCUGUGGUCAUCGAGUCCUAUUUGAACAUCUACUACAUCAUCAUUCUUGCCUGGGCCCUCUUCUAUCUGUUCAGCUCCUUCACCUCUGAGCUGCCCUGGACAACCUGUACCAAUACCUGGAACACAGAGCACUGCAUGGACUUUCUGAACCACUCAGGAGCCAACACAGUGACAUCCUCUGAGAACUUCACCUCACCUGUCAUAGAAUUUUGGGAGAGACGUGUUCUGGGCAUCACUGCAGGCAUCCACGACCUGGGAGCCCUGCGUUGGGAACUGGCCCUGUGCCUCCUGCUUGCCUGGAUCAUCUGCUACUUCUGCAUCUGGAAGGGGGUCAAGACCACAGGCAAGGUGGUUUAUUUCACAGCCACGUUUCCCUACCUGAUGCUGAUCAUCCUGUUGAUUCGAGGCAUCACGCUUCCCGGAGCCUAUGAGGGCAUCAUCUAUUACCUGAAGCCAGAUUUGUCUCGCCUGAAGGACCCCCAGGUGUGGAUGGACGCGGGCACCCAGAUCUUCUUCUCCUUUGCCAUCUGCCAGGGGUGCCUGACAGCCUUGGGCAGCUACAACAAGUACCACAACAACUGCUACAGGGACUGCAUUGCCCUCUGCUUCCUGAACAGUGCCACCAGCUUUGUGGCUGGGUUUGUGGUCUUCUCCAUCCUGGGCUUCAUGUCCCAAGAGCAGGCGGUGCCCAUCUCUGAAGUGGCUGAGUCUGGUCCUGGUCUGGCCUUCAUCGCAUUCCCUAAGGCUGUGACUAUGAUGCCCUUAUCCCAGCUGUGGUCCUGCCUUUUCUUCAUCAUGCUCAUCUUCCUAGGGCUGGACAGCCAGUUUGUCUGUGUGGAGUGCCUGGUGACAGCCUCCGUGGACAUGUUCCCCAGGCAGCUCCGGAGGAGCGGGCGGCGAGAGCUCCUCAUCCUUGCCAUUUCUAUCCUGUGCUACCUGAUAGGGCUCCUCCUGGUCACCGAGGGCGGGAUGUACGUCUUCCAGUUGUUUGAUUAUUACGCUUCCAGCGGCAUAUGCCUACUUUUCCUCGCAAUGUCGGAAGUAAUCUGCAUCAGCUGGGUGUAUGGGGCAGACCGUUUCUAUGACAACAUUGAGGACAUGAUUGGCUACCGGCCAUGGCCCCUGGUAAAGAUCUCCUGGCUCUUCCUGACCCCUGGACUUUGCCUGGCCACUUUCUUCUUCUCCUUGAGCAAGUACACACCUCUCAGAUACAACAACAUCUAUGUGUACCCUCCCUGGGGAUACUCCAUUGGCUGGUUCCUGGCUCUCUCCUCCAUGGUCUGCGUCCCGCUCUUCGUCAUCAUUACCCUCCUGAAGACCCAGGGUACCUUCAAGAAGCGCUUGCGACAGCUCAUCACCCCUGACCCCAGCCUACCACAACCCAAGCAACACCUGUGUCUGGAUGGUGGCACCAGCCAGGACUGUGGACCCUCCCCAGUGAAGGAGGGACUGAUAGUUGGGGAGAAAGAGACCCACUUAUAGGAUGUGGCUGAAAGCCAGGGGGCUCCUGAGCCAGGAACCUGGGGUCAGGGCCACCCUCUCCCCCCAGUGGACAGCCUUCGCCUCUGUUCCCACCACAGCCCUGUUGCAAAUGCCUGCGAUGUCUGGGGCACCCCCAGCGAAGGCAAGAUUUCCUCCUCUCUCCUCUCAGCGGAAGCAGCUCCUCCUGGUGGGCUCAGGACGGUCCUGCUGGAACAUGCCACGCUGUGAAGCAACUCCCUGCUGGAACCCACUGUCUUAUUUAUAAAGGAGGGUGGUCUUUUUGGAGUUCACCAUCUGAUUAUAGCACAUUACAUUAUGAGGGAUCUCCUACUGCAGGGAUGUUUCCUGUUAGAGUUUACUAUAUUUGUGCAUUGGAAGAUAGUGCCAAUUGGAAUACACAUCAUGAUCUGAUUCAGAGAGCCGAUGGAACACUGUGCUGGAAGUGGCACUGAACACACCAUGUUGGACUCUGACAUUCCCUUAGAGGGGGCCCCUCACUAGGCGUAGCAUUCUGGAGUCCAGGGGGAGGGGACUAGAGAGUCAGCCAGGAGGCAGAUCUUCACAGGCCAUCAUUGCAUCGACGUUUCCAGGAGGCAGUCUCUCCCAGUGUUCCUAGUGCCAGUGCUAGUUCUACACUCUUCUUCAAAUGUUAUCAACUCAUGGAGCGUUCAAAUGGAAGGGACUUACAGAUGAUGCCUGGACUGUGUCCUAUGUCCAUGACAGACUUUGCUAAUUGAUUACCAAUUCUUUCCCACCUCAUAGUCCUUCCAAAUAUAGUGCUCCGGGCAGCUUCAUUUGCCA